AUGAACAACAAGUCCACCAUUCAAGAGUUUAUCCUCGUGGGUUUAUCCAGUUCCCCUGAAUAUCAACUAACCAUCUUUUGGGGAUUUUCCUUCCUCUAUCUAGCAGCUUUAGUGGGCAACUUCCUCUUCAUCCUCACCAUAGGCACUUGCAGCAAACUCCACACUCCAAUGUAUUUCCUGCUUGUCAAUUUGUCCAUAACAAACAUGAUCUGCAUCUCGGUUACAGCACCUAAGUUGCUCCAGACCACAUUGGCCCACCGGAAGACCAUUUCCUUUUCUGGCUGUGUCACGCAAGUCUACCUUUUCUUAUGGGCUUUGUGUACAGAGAUCAUGCUCCUCUCGUUCAUGGCCUUUGAUCGCUACUCUGCCAUUUGCCGUCCAUUACAAUAUCCGGUCAUCAUGAAGAAGGAAGUGUGUGUUGUCAUGGUGACUGGAGUGUGGGUGACUGGGAUGGUUAAUUCGGCAGUUCACACAGGCCUGGUGCUCCAGCUUUCUUUUUGUGACUCCAAUAUCAUCAACCACUUCUUUUGUGAUCUGCCUCCCUUGUUGGCACUCUCUUGCUCAGACAUCAGUAUAAAUGAAACCAUGGCUUAUGCAGCUGCUGCAGUUUUCACCAUGGGGAGCUGCGUGCUGACAUUAAUAUCUUAUAUGUUCAUUCUGGCAGCCAUCUUUAGAAUACGAUCUACUGAGGGAAAGAAGAAAGCCUUCUCCACUUGUUCCUCCCACCUUCUCGUGGUCAGCUUUUACUUCUCCACCAUCAUCUACACAUACAUCAAACCUGCCUCAUCCUAUAGCUUAGAAGAAGACAAGGUGGUGGCUAUCCUUUAUUCAGUGGUCACUCCUGUGCUCAAUCCUCUUAUAUAUUCCCUAAGAAAUAAAGAUGUUAAAGAGGCACUCAGAAAUCUCAGGUAUAGAUUUCUGCUGAGACUCACUAUAGAGAAAUGGUUAUAG